UUAUCAUCAUCUCGUCGUUGGAGAAAAACCACAAAAAAUCCAGAUGGGUUGCACUCUCUCUCGCUCUUUUUCUUUACUCUACUGAAAAGUAAAUAUACUAUAUACUAACUACUACGUUAUCAAUCAAUCUGCUGGUGGGCCUCUAUUCCAUGAUAGUGUUUUGUCGUCGUCAUCACCCAGACAGUGAGAGCGAGAGGGCACAAAAGUGUUGCUGAAUUUCGCGAAAACAACACGUCAUAGGUUCGUUUCAGACAGCAUAAUUUAAUUGAUAGUUCGAACGAACAACACAAAAACAACGCAUGUUUUCCGAAAACUAAUACGUAUGAUCCGGCAACACAGUCUUCCCGUGCUUAUUCGCUACACGUAAGCAUAAAAACCGGUUCUUUCGGUGCUGAGCGGUUCAUUCGGUUCUGAUCAAGCGACUCAACUACAUACAAGUGAAAAUGAAAAUAGAGUAAGAAAAUUUGAGUAAACAGCUGUGACAACAUGGAAUAUAAAGUUACUUCUCCGGCCGUCCUCCGAGAGCCCCUGGUCGUACCGGACAAACUUCUGAUGGGACCCGGUCCAUCGAAUGCACCGCAACGGGUGCUGGAUGCAAUGAGCAAACCGAUUUUGGGGCACCUCCACCCGGAAACGUUAAAAAUCAUGGACGACAUUAAGGAAAGUGUCCGGUACCUGUUCCAGACAAACAACGCGGCUACUUUUUGCUUGAGUGCAUCCGGUCACGGCGGAAUGGAGGCGACGUUGUGUAAUCUACUGGAAGACGGCGAUGUGGUACUGAUCGGUCACACCGGACACUGGGGCGAUCGGGCUGCUGACAUGGCCAGCCGCUACGGGGCCGAUGUAAGAUUCGUCAAAUCGAGCAUGGGUCAGUCUCUAAGUUUGGAACAGAUUCGAAGUGCCAUGGUGAGCAACAAACCGUCGGUUCUGUUUCUGACACAGGGCGAUUCAUCGACGGGCGUUUUGCAAGGACUGGAAGGAGUCGGUGCAUUGUGCCGGGAGCACGAUUGUCUGUUAAUCGUGGACACGGUAGCCUCACUGGGUGGUACACCGCUGCUGAUGGAUCAGUGGCAAAUCGAUGCCGUUUACACCGGCUCACAGAAGGUCCUCGGAGCACCACCUGGCAUCACUCCGGUGUCGUUCGGACAUCGGGCAGUUGAACGCUACAAGCGUCGCAACAGUAAAGUCAAGGUGUACUAUUGGGACAUGAUGUUGGUAGGCGACUAUUGGGGAUGCUUCGGUAGACCACGCAUAUAUCAUCACACAAUCUCCUGCACUUUGUUGUACGGGCUUCGGGAAGCGAUAGCGCUGGCCUGCCAGGAGGGUUUACCGGCAGUGAUUGCUCGCCAUCAGGACUGUGCUAAUCGAUUGUACCGUGGAUUGGAAGCAGCCGGAUUUGAGUUGUAUGUCGAGCGGAAGGAUCGUCUAGCGACGGUUACAACCAUCAAGGUGCCACCGGGUAUAGACUGGACUAAGGUUUCGCAACAUGCGAUGAAAAACUACUUGGUCGAAAUAAGCGGUGGCCUUGGCCCAACAGCGGGACAGGUGUUCCGAAUUGGACUGAUGGGACUGAAUGCAACCACCGAGAGAGUUGACCGCGUAUUACAAGUGUUCAAAGAGUCGGUACAAGCAGCCAAGCGCGACAUUCAGGUUUUGGGAAAAAUGUAAAUUUUGAUCUUUUCAAC